ACGAUGGCGUUGCGUCGCUCGCUAGAGUGGAAACGCAACGUUUUGCUGGAAUUCCCCACCACAACGCGACCACGACCACGACCCACCGCGACCACGACCACUGCCACCACCUCCACCACCACCAUCAGCACCUCCACCACUCCACCACCACUAACUCCACCACCACCCAACUACAGCCAGCGACCAGCGGCCAGCGGACCAGCGACCGUGCGACCGUGCAACCGUUAAAGGCUAGUCAGCGAGACAUGAGAUGGGGAUGAUGGGGCGGAUGAAGAAUCGAGAAAGCGGGUUAAGCGAGCGAGUGGACAACGCAGAAUUUUGCUGUACGUAUGCUGCUGCGUAUAUGAGAUGUAACGAUACAGCUCCGGAUCCCGAAUCGAUGGCUGGUGGUGGAGGUGGAGGGUAGACGUCGUCGACGUGUGUGGUGUGUGUGUGGCAGCCAUUCUCCUACGUUGCCCUCGGCCUCACCCCUCCAUGGCUUCAUCACCAGCACAACUAACCAGCAUCACCAUCGCCGGCAUCACCAGUACCAGCGUCCAUCGCUCUUUUUUUUUCUUUCUCUUUCUGAUUUUUUUUUCCGAAUUUUUUUUCCUCUCUCGCUCGCUGUCCUUCUUUUGUGCCGGGUUGGGGGAUGCAGGAAUCGAAAAAGGUGGUGUGGUGACUUUUGCAGUGACAACUGGCUCCAACAGGGAUCCCGUUUUCGGGUUGGUUCGUCCCAUUACUGAUUUAUUUUAUUUUCGCGCAUUUUUCGCUCUCGCUGUGAUACGAGCUCGAGCAUCGGUGGUAGUCACGCCUGUCCCUUUGCUGCCUGGACUGACUCGCGCUCUCUCGCUCACUCACCCGCUCACUCGCGCUCUCGCACUGCCUAUCUUCCUCUCGCAUGCGGCCUUGACGACAUCAUCAUCGCACUAAGCUGUGAGCUGUACACUACUCGUACAUACAUGUCCUGUGUGUCCGCGCAGGCAUCAUCGGUUGUGUGCUACAAUGCAACGUCAGGUAGAAGAGUCCCUCGGGCUCCGGGCUCGGCGAGGGGGGAGAGAGAUAGAUGAAUGGAUGGGG